AGUAAAGAAUUUUAUCUUUCCGAUUUCUGUGCACGAAAAAAGUAAAUAGUGAGAAUAUUCGAGUUUCAGGCGUUAUCCCUUGUAUUUUGUAUGUCCUCUUGAUUAAUAAGCAACUAAGCGCUCUAUCUACUAUGUACAUCACGGUCAAGAUUUCAAUUGUAUAAUGGAUUUACCACGAAUUUAAUUCUCAAGAUAUUACUUCAAUAAGUGCCGAGACAGAGCCCGAUAUAAUUAAUAAAAUUUUAUAAUUUAACUGUUAUUUAUCAUAAAAAAAUGAGAAAAAAUACUUUUGAAUUCCGAAACUCAGUGCUAAGCAGACUGUUUUCACAAAGGGUGCGAAGAUCAAGAAGUAAUGAGUCACCAACCCCCGAUGAAGAAAAUGCAAAUUCAUCACAAUUUAGUCAAAUGGAAAAGGGAGAGACACUUAAAAGUGAAAGGCUAAAUCGUCAAAGUGACGAAACAAUCGAGUUUCCUGAUGAAGAAUGUAUUCUUUGUUGUACGCCUAGAACCAAAGUUGAAAUGUAUCAAUCUAGCAUUUGUAAUCAUGUUGCUUGCAGAAGCUGUUUUGAGAAUUAUUUAACGAUAGAAAUAACAGAGUCAAGGACUGAAAUAUCUUGUCCACAAUGUAAUGAUCUUUUACAUCCGAAUGACAUUAGAAAACUCUUACAAGGAAACUUAGAUAUAAUAACAAAAUACGAAGAGUUUAUGGUACGACGAGUCUUACUUACCGAUCCAGACAGCCGAUGGUGCCCAGCUCCUGAUUGUUGCUAUGCCGUAAUUGCAACGAGUUGUGCCUCUUGUCCCAGAUUGAUUUGUGAAAGACCAGGAUGUGAUAUGGAAUUUUGUUACCACUGUAAAGAAGAAUGGCAUCCAGACCAAACAUGCGACAGCGCGAGAAUCCUAAGACAACGAAAUUAUAAUAGCUCUGAUCUGAACAUAUCACCUGCUUUACUUAAUAGGGACGACAUAAAACCAUGUCCGAGAUGUCAAGUACUCAUAGUAAAGAUGGAUGAUGGUUCUUGCAACCAUAUGGUGUGCGCAGUUUGUGGAUCAGAAUUUUGUUGGCUAUGUAUGAAAAUCAUAACCGAUUUACAUUUCCUCAGUCCCUCAGGAUGCACGUUUUGGGGUAAAAAGCCAUGGUCAAAAAAGAAAAAGUUACUUUGGCAAAUAGGCACUAUAUUUGGAGCUCCAAUAGGUAUUGGUCUUUUGGCAUGCAUUGCAAUACCAACAGUUUGUAUAGCUGUUCCAAUAUGGGUAGGACGAAAGAUACACUCAAAAUUGAAAACGGCAAAAAAACGGAAAAGAAAUCUAUCCAUAUUUGGUGCAGUUUUGGCAUCGAUAGUUGUAUCACCAAUCUUAGCUGCUUUAUCCGUAGUUAUUGGUGUUCCAAUAUUAUUGUUUUACGUUUAUGGCGUUGUGCCACUAUCUUUAUGCAGAGCGGGAUGUUCUACUGUUUAUAAUAGCAACGGCCAAAUAGAUAUGUGUGAUAACAGCAACUUCAGAUCAGAUGCACAAAAUCUAGAGGAUGUUUCGCAACUGCGAGGAACAAGUAUUGGAGAUAUUAGCUUGACCAUACUGAGCAAUUCCACAAAUCCUGGAACAUCAGCAACAGCAUCUUCCAAUGCUGAUUCAAACUUAGCUUUAGCUGGGAGCAUUUUAAGCCACAAAGUAGAAGUAAUGGUAGAUGUCAACCAAAAAGAUGAAAACUAGAAUCUAAAUUUUUAUAACAUAACAUAUUUCAAGAUAAAAUUAUAAUGCCAAAAUAAUUAUUUACAUAUUUUAAACUAGGAGUGAAUUUGUUUUCUUCAAAUAAACAUCUCCAUAUCAAAUCAUCAGUAUGCUUUUGAUCAUUGUAUUACCAAAAUAAGUCAGUGUGUAUAGUUCAAUAGUAGUAAUGAUGGAAUUUUUAAUAAAUUUCGUCGGCGUCGGAAGGGUCCAUCAAAUUUACGAUGGAUUCCGACGAAAGGGUUAACUGAAAUGCAAUGUACGACGUUGUAAAAACAUUCAAGUUUUAAAAAUUUUUGUUUUGAAUUAUAUCCUAAUUUGAAAGCUUUUUAGUCAGUUUUAAAACUAUUUUUUUUUUUAAUUUUCACGAGGUUACAAUGAAAUUUGAACUAAUAAAUACAUAUUAAAAAUUUCCUUUUCCCCCUAAUAUGUUAAAAAUACGUCGUAAAUUAGGGGGAUUUCGACGGUUUGCGAUUAUAAGGGGGCUGGGGAUAAAAAAAAAUUCCCAAUUUUAUCAGAUGCCAUUAAUGGAUGGUGCUCUAAAAAGAUAUAUCGCACAACUACACUGUUUAACCAAAUGACUAGGAACCAAUUUAAGUCAAUAUUAUAAUAUAUUUUUUGUAUUUAUAAAUAAUUCUACAAAUUUUUAUUUUCAUUCAUUUUGUGUCAUUCUCUUGGGGUAAAAAGUUCCGAUACAAAAUGGAGAACUUCACCUACAUUACG